AUGUCUAGUCCCUCUUCCUUCCCCCAACGGCCGAGGAGGAAACUCCUCCUGAUCAACGGACCCAACCUCAACCUCCUGGGCACACGGGAGCCGCAGAUCUACGGCUCAACCACGCUGGCCGACGUGGUCUCCGCGGCCGUGUCGCGGGGCAAGGAGCUCGGCAUCGAGGUGGUUCCCUUCCAGUCGAACCACGAGGGUAUGAUUGUCGACUUUAUACAGUCUCAUUUCAUCCCGCCACCACAAGCACAGUCAUCACUGUCUGCUCCUGCCGAGAACCAGACCGCCAACAAAAAGGAUACAAGCACGAGCUCGCCCGAGGAUCGUACGACGUCUCCCAGGAUAGGCGUGAUCAUCAACCCCGCAGCCUUCACACACACCAGCGUCGCGAUCCGGGACGCCCUGCUCGCGACGUCGCUGCCCUUUGUGGAAGUGCACAUCUCCAACAUCCACGCCCGCGAGCCCUGGCGCAGCCACUCGUACUUCUCGGACAAGGCCGUCGGCGUGGUCAUGGGGCUCGGGGCGUACGGGUACCGGGCGGCCUUGGAGUUUUGGGCGCACCGGUGGGAUAAGGAGGACGAGGAGGAGAACAAAAGAAGAUUGGGAUGA